AUGUCUGAGUAUAUUGGGAAAACUAUUUCUCUUAUAUCCAAUAAAGGAUUGAGAUAUGUUGGACUUUUAGACAAUAUCAAUGGGAAUGAUGCUACCGUUGCUUUAAAGUCUGUGCGGAUGUUUGGUACAGAAGGUCGUUUAGCCCAAAUGGGACAACCACACCUUGAAGUUCCUCCAGGAACAGAUGUUUAUGAUUACGUUGUGUUUCGUGGUAAUGACGUGAAGGAUUUGUCUGUAUUGGACAUUCCAAUUGAAGAGGUGAAGCCUGUGAUUUAUCACCCUCACCCUCACCAUCAACCACCGGCACCUACCAUGCCGCCAAUUCCACCAUACCCACAGCAACAGCAACAAAGUCAACCGCAGACUCCUUCAGGGUACAGCCAAGGGCAAGCUUCAACCUCAACCUCGACUCAAUCAAAUCCCCAGCAACAAAAUCAGUAUACGAGUCAGUCGCAAAGUCCUGCAACCUCUUUAGGAUAUUCGCAACAGCCACGAGCUGCACCAACAUCAAGUGCCUCUCAACCAGCCGAGACAGGAGCACCUGAAGCAUCUGCUGCUUUUCAACAACAACAACAACAACAACAUCACCAAGUGAAGCAAAAGCCUACACCUACUAAAACCUCAGAUACUGCUCAGACACCUACGAGAACAGAAAAGGUUGUGGACUCCCAACCAAGGGAUGAACCGCAGUCUACGUCUACAAAUGUCAACAAUGACAACUACCAAAGUGGAUCUGGUUCUGUAGAACAGCCUCAGCCAGUUUCGAGACCAACUGCUUCCUCGGAAAAUAACAGAAAUUCCUCUACUUCGACCAAGCCAGUGGCAUUUGAUGAAGAUUUUGAUUUUGAGAAAGCCAAUGCCCAAUUCCGCAAGGAACUCGAAGAAGCCAACGAAGAAGAAAAUAAACCCACUUAUGAUAAGAAAUCGUCAUUUUUUGACACCAUUUCUUCUUCCGCUCUGGAUGGUAAUAGAAAUAAUAGCGGCAACAUGAGGUGGUCCGAGGAAAAAAAUUUGAACAUGGACACCUUUGGUGAGACUGGAUCUAGAAACAGUAGAGGAGGUAGAGGCGGCAGAGGUGGCAGAGGAGGUAGAGGCAGUAGGGGUAACUGGAGAGGAGGAAGAGGAAGAGGUAAUGGUAAUGGUAGUAGUGGUGGAAAUUGGAGAGGUGGUAGAAGAGAACCUAAGCCGGAAUGGGCUUAA